UGUGAAUUUACGUGUCUCCAUGACUACCUGAAGUGAUGCGGUCUGCUGUGGGUCCAUGUGGUGCUACAAAUGCUUCGAAGUGUAGAUUAUUUUCUGAUUGGUUAACCGGAACGUUUCCGCUCCAGAUACGGAACAAAUAAAAAUCGGUGUACUAAAAUCGGAGCGUCAGUUGUGCGAUCGUCGUGCCGACGUAAAUAACGCGAACGUGACGCGCGGCGCGCGCGACAACGUUGUUACGCAUGGCGCAACCGGUAAACGACGAUCUUUCAUCUCCGUUAAAGGUGUUGUCGAUGUUCGGUAUUGAAGCUAAGGGGACGUUCGACUACGAAAGGUUCCGAACUCUCUGCGUCCGGCUGUUCGACGCGGACGAGGUCGAGCAGCACGAGCGGAGGACACGAGAGAUCUUCGAGCUGUUCGACGCAAACGCGGACGGCGCGUUGAACGAGCAGGAAUUGCACAGAUGUUGUAAUUGGAUACAUGCGACUGUAAAUCCUGUCAACGUUUUGCUAGUCGUUGAUGUACAGAACGAUUUCAUCGAUGGCACGUUGGCACUUAGACAAUCCGGCUAUGGGCAGGAGGGAUUGGAAGUCCUGGAACCGAUAAAUCGGCUUCUGAGGGAUGGCCGCUGGGACAAAGUGAUGUAUUCGCUAGAUUGGCAUCCCGAGAAUCACAUCAGCUUCUUUGACAACUUGGCGAUGCGUGAACUUCAUCCGGAAUCUAAGAUCACUAAGGAAAUGGCGAAGCCUUUCGACACCGUCGUUUUUUUGCAACCUCAUUUAACGCAGACACUUUGGCCAAAGCAUUGUGUUAUGAACACCUGGGGCGCUGAAUUGCAUAAAGAUCUACUGAUAUUGCCUUCUUCCGAACGGAUAUAUAAGGGUCAGGACCCAGACAAGGAAUCAUAUUCAGCGUUCGAAAAUAUAGAUGGUUCCUCGAAGCUCGACAAAAUUUUGUCGGCUUUUGGCACCACGCAUUUGUACGUCUGUGGUCUCGCCCUUGAUAUAUGUGUGAAGGAAACGUGUUUGGAUGGCUUGCGGUUUGGUUAUCGGGUAGCCGUGAUUGAUGAUUGCUGUCGUGGUGUAAAACCCGACGACAUAACGGCUGCAAGAAAAAUUAUUACCGAACGUGGCGGCCUAGUCGAGUGUUCCGAUCGUAUUCUGUCCUUGGUGAACGACGGCAAGCGUAGCCUGGUGAUGGCGCAUCACGCCGCGAAGAUCACAAGCUAAGGAGAAUUUUGUAUACAAUCACGUUCAAAAAAUAUUUCUUGAAAAAUAUUAGUGACCAAUUCGGAUCUUGGUUAAAUCUGAAGAUUGGACUUAGAAAUAAAAUAGAAAAAGAGCGUAGAAAUUAUUUUUUGAACUUUUACUUCUUUAUUUUUGUUAUUAACUUUACGAAUGUCGAGUUUAUUUUUGUUCAUAUUUAUUUUUAUCUAAAUAUUUUGAUUUUUAUUCAAUUUUGAUGGAGGAAUCAAGAUAGUUAUACAAAGCGUAAGAGACGCUUUAUCUUAAUUUAUUCUAACAUACGUGAUACAGGGAGCACCAUGCUCAAAUGAAAAUGUAUGAAAAUUGUAAUUUAAAAUCUUUAGAAGUUGUAAAACUUCAGUCUGUGAUUUUUAAUACAUCAAGAUUACAUAUCGCAUUAACAGUUUGCCCAUGACAAUGAAAAUAUUUAUAAAUGGUAAAAUUUAAUAAAUGGUCAAUUUACUUAUAAAUAUAUAAUACCUAAGAUUGAU